UCGGAUCACCCGCCGGCCAGCCACUAUCGCAUCGUCGAUGGCUACCUGCUGCUUCACUCACGAGGCAAGGACUUACUAUGCGUCCCAAAUGACUGUCGCUUACGGACUCGUCUCCUCGGCGAGUACCACGACUCGAGACUCGCCGGCCACCUCAGAGUCAACCGUACGAUCGCAAGACUUCGGCAACGAUUCCGGUGGGCUGAUCUCAUUACCGACGUCACUCGGUAUUGCGACUCUUGCGAAGUUCGCCGACGAAGCAAACCCCGCAAUCGCAACCCCUACGGGCCACGAGAAGAAGAAGAAAACAAAUGAAUUGAGGUGCAGAUCGGGCGGAGGAAGGAAGGGGAGGAAGGAAGGAAGGAGGGAGGAGGGAGGAGGCCAGGCGGAGAACGGGCGAAGGAAGAAGGGAGGUCGGACGGAGAGAGGAAAGAGGGAGGGAGAAGCGCGGGUAGAGGGAGGAAUGGAGGAGGCAGGAGGUCAGGCGGAGUUUGGCCGGAGGAAGGAAGGGGAGGGAGGAGAGAUCGGGGCAGGUCGGAAGGAGGAGCAGGCGGGGAUCAGGCGGGGAUCGGGCGGAGAAAAGGAAGGCGAGGGAGAAAGGAAGGGGAGGGAGGAAGGAAGGACGGCGUGGUGCAAGGCGGACAUGGACACCGUUUUUGGUUGGACACCAGUAGAGCCAAUGGGACCCAUGUGUCCACCUUCGCUUGACCACACCAUUGGUGUGAUCACCCGAAGAAGCAGCAGCAUAUCGGCGGCGGCGGCGGCAAGUUUUGGUGUGCAUGCGCAGCCUGACUGCGGCGGAGAUGCGGGGGAGGCAACAGAACACCCCUGGCAUUUUUCACCGUUUGUGCACCCCUUACCUGCCCCGUCCUCCCUCCCUCCCUCUUAUUCGACAUUAUCCACGAGUGGUCUGGAAUCUGUGGACCUUGACUCCGGUGAAGGGGUGGCGGUCAGUAGAAAAGCGGGCCACCUUGCCGCUGCUUGCAGUUGACCCCGAUCGGACCCGACCGGACCCGACCGGCAGAUAGCUGCCUAGCUGCCUAGCUAUGGCGGAGUCGUUGUUGGGCGUGUUACUUGAUGUGGUGGAUUACGAAUGGAUGCGCGAUACACUGCCGGAUGAUGAUAUCCCACUGCCCGCAGGGGUCAUCCUGCCGUCCGAUGAUACGGAUGACAAC